GACACCGCUCGGGCCGGCCGACCGGAGCUGGCUGGCGGGAAACACGCACGCGACGCGCGAAAAAAAGUUAACCUGUAGUUUGAAAUUCGAAUCACAGCAAAUCGAAGUUGCUUUUUAAAUGUGUUCUACUUUUUCCGGGAUAUUGAAUGUGGCCAGUCUUAGUGUCUAAAUAAGUAUGAAUUACAGUGGAUAAAAUAAAACUUUUUGCAAGUUUUUAUUUAUACAUAGUGUGUUUUGAUUAUUAUAAAAAGGUGUAUAAAUAAAUUGUGUGUGGUUCGUGUUUGUUUACGACUCAAUCCGAAAGCUAUGCGCCAUGGAGGAAACCACAGAGUUCGUUGACCUCAACGGCACGUACGACACAAACGCCUCGGAGCCCUACCAGCCGUACGACGAGCGGCCCGAGACCUACAUCGUGCCGAUACUGUUCGCGCUGAUCUUCGUGAUCGGCGUCGUGGGCAACGGCACCUUGGUCGCUGUGUUUGUGCGGCAUAAGGCUAUGAGGAAUGUUCCUAAUACGUACAUCCUCUCGCUCGCUCUCGCGGACCUGCUGGUCAUCAUCACCUGCGUGCCGUUCACUUCCAUCGUGUACACCGUGGAGUCGUGGCCGUGGGGGCCGACGGUCUGCAGAGUGAGCGAGGCAGCGAAGGACGUCAGUAUUGGCGUCUCUGUCUUUACGCUCACCGCGCUGUCUGCUGACCGGUAUUUUGCGAUCGUGGAUCCGUUGAGGAAGCUGCAUGCUACUGGUGGCAGCAAGCGCGCGACGCGGCUGACGGUGGCCACAGCGCUGGGCAUCUGGAUCCUGGCGGCGCUGUUCGCCACGCCGGCCUACGUCGGCUCCUACAUACGGGUGUUUGUCGUCAACCCUACCACUCAGUUCCUGGCGUGCUACCCGUACCCCGUGGAGUGGGGGGACGACUACCCUCGGCUGGUGGUGCUGGUCCGCUUCGUGGUGUACUACUCGCUGCCGCUGGCCGUGAUCGCCGUGUUCUACAUCCUGAUGGCGCGCCAUCUAGUGCUGAGCACGCAAAACAUGCCUGGAGAGCUGCAGGGGACCGUGAGACAGAUGCGCGCGCGCCGCAAGGUGGCGCUGACGGUGCUCGCGUUCGUGCUCGUGUUCGCCGCGUGCUUCCUGCCCUCGCACGUCUUCAUGAUGUGGUUCUACUACUGCCCAUCAGCACAAGACGACUACAACGGCUGGUGGCACGCGCUGCGUAUCGUGGGCUUCUGCAUGUCGUUCCUGAACAGCUGCGUCAACCCCAUCGCGCUCUACUGCACCAGCGGCAUCUUCAGGAAACACUUCAACAGGUACCUGCUCUGCCGCGGUGCGCCGUCACACGGGCCAAGAGGGUCAGUGUCCCUAUCGACGUCCCGAAGACUCAACUCCAGCCGCAAGACCAACGUCAGCAUGGUGCAUAGGACAACCAGCGUGGGUCGCUGCAGCAGCGUGCGGCUAGUCGGCAACGGCUCGUCCAAGCUCUGAGACAGGAUCACCCGGCCAGCACCGGGACCAGCCAAUAACAACCGCGCGUGCGACUACCGAAGCAAGUCGCUGCGCCACGCCGGCCAAUCAGCGCCCUUCCCCCGGUGCUGCGAGAACGAGAACCGCAUCAGCGAGACCAAUCUGGACGCGCGGGAGGCCGUCAGCACGGAGAGUUUCUUUCUGCCUCCAGAUAAUCAUUACCGAUGAUUGGUCUGUUUAAUUAUAGUCGUCUAUGGAUGGGUUGUCGAGUUUUGGCGGUUAUAUUGAAGCUGUUUUUAAAAAGCCGAUAAGUAAAUAAGUUAUUGAUAUAAUUAAAAGUAAGUACUGUAUAAAGAUUCAAAAAAUACGUAUUGUUAUUACUUAUUAUGUCGAUAAUGAAAUAAGUGUAAAUUUAAUUGAUAUUCUUAUUAAAUUAUGGCGAGCAAGAAUAUUGGAUAAAAGGGUAAAGUCGUUUUGUUAUAGAGAUAAAUGUUAAUUAAUAUAUACUUAGUAGGUAUGUA